AAUGUGUCAAUGAUGUUCAAAUAUCGUCACAUUGAUUUAGCCAAUAAACACGUACCUCUAUAGAAUGCAUAAUGAAAGGUCCUCAGAUGGUAUACCGGAGCAAAAAAAAAAUAUCUUUUUAAAACAAAAUGAGAUGCAAAAAAAGAAAAUGAAAAGCGACGUGAAAUAUUCAAAUUCGUACAGGGUUGAGAAUGUGAGCUUAGGCGCGUCGGGAAGUAAACAAAAAUUCCCCACGCAGUCUAGUAGUCGGCCUUCGAUUAGGUAAUCUGAUGUGGCCACCUCACACACAUCUGGCACACCAAGCUUCAGGGACAGAUCCAACACGCAUUCAAUCGCCCAUCGGAACAGCAGUAAACGACAAAAUGCGUCUGUUUUCUUCGAUUUUUUCUGCAUGCAUGCUCCUUGGAGCUGCAUUGGCCAAAACCAAGCAAGCAUCUGCCGAGCGCUUCGAUGAAUUCCACGCCCUAGCGCGGACUGGCUCGCCGUUGAAGCUCACCGAGAAGAGCUUCAAAGCAUUGACAGCUACUCCUCGCGAUUACAGCGUUGCAGUCCUCUUGACGGCUAUGGAAUCGCGCGUUGGUUGCCAAUUGUGCAAAGACUUCCAGCCCGAAUGGGAUUUGCUAGGCAAGAGUUGGACUCAGGGUGACCGCAAGGGCGAUUCUAGACUCUUGCUUGGUACAUUGGACUUCGCUGAUGGUAGAGAGGUCUUCGUCUCACUCGGUCUUCAAUCGGUUCCUGUCCUGGUCCUCUAUCCUCCUACUGACGGACCACAUGCCGUUGCUUCCAAGGAGCCCGUGAGAUACGACUUUGCCAGCGGGCCCCCUGUUGCAGAGCAAGUCCAAGCGUGGCUAUCUGCGCAGCUACCCGACCGACCUCACCCCGCAGUUCAGCGUCCAAUCGACUGGAUGAAAUGGUUGGCGAAGAUCGCGAUCGGUACCGGUUCUGUCAUCUUUGCUGCUGUUGCGUGGCCCUAUAUGCUCCCUGUCCUCCAAAGCCGAAACAUCUGGGCCUCUGUCAGCCUCAUUUCUAUUCUACUCUUCACCAGCGGGCACAUGUUUAAUCAUAUCCGUAACGUUCCUUACGUUGCUGGAGAUGGACAUGGUGGUAUCUCAUACUUUGCUGGCGGGUUUCAAACCCAGUAUGGCCUUGAAACACAAAUUGUUGCUGCUUUGUACGGUUUCAUGACCUUCUGCGCUAUCUGCCUCGCCACAAAGGUGCCGAGAAUGACUGAUGCCAAAGCACAGGGUGCCGCAGUGCUGAUUUGGAGCGUCGUCUUGUUCCUAUUUUACAGCUUCCUCCUCAGCGUAUUCAGAAUCAAGAACAGCGGAUACCCAUUCUCUCUACCUCCGUUCUUAUAAAUGGCCAUCGAGGCUAAGGAAUCAUGCACGAGCGUGUCGUGUCUGAAGCUGCAGAACGAUCGAUCGCAUGCGUGCACACCGACCUGCCGCCCCAAAAAAAAAAGAACGGCAGGUUCGGGCGGGGAGAUCUGUAGCCAAGAGACAAGCAAAAUCAACGAAGGAUUUGACUUGUCACAGCGGAUGGAUGUAUUAUAAAAUUUGUCACAUAGAUGAAAUAGAACUGCUCAACGAAGCUAGGCAUUUUGUUCACAUACAAUUUUACAGUCAAAGCGUUAGAAGGAUUCUUUUUAUUUUAUGAAGAGCGGCAUAACGCCUCGUACUUUUUCGAUACGUAGUUCCUCAUGACACGUCCACAUAAGCUCAUGCCCAACAUUUACUUGAAUAGAGACCAAACGAGGAAACCAGCCAGUUGACGCCCUCGGUGGCUAACCACCAACCACUAUGCUCCAACUUCACCAUAGGAAGUCAUUAGAGAACUUACGCCCUCGACAUGACACCCCAGGCUCGGAUGAUGUUGUCGGUGUAACCAGCGAAGAGAGUCUGGCCAUCAGCAGACCAGGCCAAGCUGACACACUCAGGCUCGCGGCUCUUCUUGCCGACGGAGGUGAACUCGGGCUUGAGCUCAUCAACCUUGCUCUUCUUCUCGAGAUCGAAGAUAAUGAUGCUGCUGGCAGUAGCAGCGCAGAGCCAGUAGCGGUUGGGGGAGAAGACAAGAGCGUGGAUCUCGUCGUUGGCGUUGAGAGAGUACAAGUGCUUGGACUCGUUGAGAUCCCAGAGCAUGGUAGUACCGUCCUUGCCACCAGAAGCGCAGAGAGAGCCGUCGGGGGAGAUCGUGACGGUGUUGAUGUAACCAGUGUGGCCAAUGUGGUCAGUCUGCAGCUUGCAGCUGGAGAGCUCCCAAACCUAUUUAAUCAUGUUAGCGAUGUGCACGCAUGAAUAUCGUGUGUCAUACACGACUGCGCAGUCUGUUCUCUUUGUUUUGCUCAGGGCAAUGGUGAAAUAAUUGUCUCAUGGCCCGAAGGCUCUGAAGUAGCAAAUACUUUAGGUUUUUUGCGUUGCAUCAUGCAGAAGAGAACAGACCGUACAUGCCCAUGUGGCGACUUCGUAUUGUAUAUAAACAUACCUUGACAAGCUUGUCCCAACCGCUGGAAACAAUGACGGGGUUCUGGGGGUUGGGGCUGAAGCGGACGCAAGAAACCCACUCGGUGUGACCCUUGUCAGUGAUGGUGUACUUGCAGUCACCGAGAGUGUUCCAGAGCUUGAUGGAGCGGUCGCGGGAGCCAGAGACGAUCUGACGGUUGUCGGCGGAGAAGGAGACGGAGAGGACAUCGUUGGUGUGGCCAACGAAGCGGCGAGUGGUAGUGCCGGUGGCAAGCUCCCAGAGGCGGAGGGUCUUGUCCCAAGAGGCAGACAAGGCGUAGGCACCAUCAGAGGAGAUAACCUAAAGAGGCGUUAGUUUCGCCGCUACUUCCAAUAUGCGUAUUUUAGUCGAGAAGUACUACAUACACAGUCGGAAACGAUGUGAGAGUGACCGUGGAGAGAUCGCUUGGGGUAACCGUACUGGGUCUCGUCGCGGGUCAAGUUCCAGAUGAUCAAAGUCUUGUCUCGGGAGGCAGAGAGAAGCAUGUUGGGGCUAUAGCAGUAUUAGUUUCCGCUGAUUUACACAGGUGUCCCGAGUAAAUUAUUUGUGUCGAGAACAUACUUCUCCAUGGAGGUAGCCAAGCUGGUGACCCAGCCAUUCUGCGAAGAGUUAGCAAUGAGGUUCCAUCAACAGCUCGCGACGGCUGCAAAUAUCGAAUCAAUAUCGACAGAGAAAAAACAUACGUGGCCUUCGAGGGUACCCUUAAGGAUCAAUUGUUCAGCCAUUGCAGCAGUCGUGACGUCGGGGCAGAUGGUUGGACGAUGCAGAUGUGAGAUGUACAAACUUCGAAGUCCGUCGUAACAGGGCCACUUGCACCAAACGCGCAGAAUCGGCUAAAAUUGGGAUUUUUUUUGUGUGGGUUCAAAAUUAGGGCCUCGAGUUGGUGACCAACUCCACCCAUGGCUGGCCAAGCAGCAGGCCCCCAAACUGGGCCUAGUGUCUUUUUUGAGCCAUGCUUAGUCAUUUUAACAACCAAUGCAGUGAUAAGCAGCAUAAAAUAUAGUCCAGCCAACAUGCAACGCGUAGUUGGUGUAAUCUUUGUGACGCUUCUGUAACUCGUCACUUUUUGGGAUUGUGAAUAAGGCUCGGGCGGUCGGUAUGGCGUGAUGUGUCUUUGCGGGCGAAAAUGCUGUCGCCAUUGACAAUCAUACUGUGGUCAGAUAUUUCGGAACCUUUGUUGCCAUUUUGGUUGACCCUAUCGCUGAUUGCGCCUUUCAUGGCUGCUUGCCAUAAUCUAAAUCUUUCUCUUCCUUGGUCAUCUCCUUCUGCCAGCAUCUUGACCUCUUUCUGCUUGCGCAUCUUGGAUGCUCGGACGAGUCGUCGUAAAGCCUCCUCUCCUUGUUGUGCAUUUUCGGCAGCUUCUUCUCGUAUCUUUUGCGUAUUUCUCUCACGUCCGUCGUCUUCUGAUGUAAACUUAUAGGUAUGCUGGCUUGGAAAAUCCGGGAACGAGGAUGGAAUAUAGUGCUUUGACGUUUUAUCCACGCGGCCACUCAGCUCCCUGCCAAGGAAAUGUAAUGGUGUACCUGUGAAUUGCGCAAGUGUUGCUUCUGAUUCACCGGGCCCUUCUCUGUAAUGUCUUUUGCUUGGGUUCGAUCUCGGGUCUAAGAGGUGAGGUGCCAGGGAGGAGACGGGGAGGUUGAAUCGCCGUAGAACAGUUUCGAAGUCUGAUGGAAUCGCAUAUUCUCGACGGGAUGUGUUUGCUAGGUCCUUUAUUUCUCGUAUCAUGGUUCCUAGGUCUUGGAUAAGUUAGUAGUUGUCAUCGUGCUCGCCACUGGCAUGCGCAACUCACAUGCUUCUACCAUGGCUGUGAAGCUGUCCAGAGCUUGUGGUGUCGAUGAACGGAAUCCAUCGUGGUAUAAAACCUCUAGUAUUGUUCUUUCUAGAUGUUUUCGUGCUAUUAUAUGCUCCGUUUCGAUGCUAGAAAGCGUUGCGUGAUCGUCCAUCGCGAGGUUUAGCGAUUUGUCGCGCUCGUCCGUUGUUGCAUAUUGUUGAGGUGGCAAGCUUGUGCCAGGCGCUUCAAUAUCCAUGACAAGGUCACCAUCGUUAUCGGUGCGUGUUCCUGCCAUCCCCAUGCGAUACCUGCUGAGUCUCGCCUACUCUGCUAGCUAACUGUCAGUAGUUGUGAUGAUGUAGCAAUCUCUCGCGCGAGGUCGGCUAUAGACCCACAUUUGUAUUCAGCGAGUUUGCAGAGCCA